AUUCCCAUUGUGUGGGGCACGUGUCUGUACUUGUCUGCAUUACUAGAUAGCCUGGAAAUCUGUGCCACCUUCCUCUAUGUAAACCUUCCUUCCCGACAGCUCAUAGGUUCCCUCCCCUGUGUUCUCAGAGCAUAAGGCUGGCUACUUGUGCACACAGGAGAAGUCCCUCCCAGCCCAGGAGCCACAGUGUGAUGCUGCUCCCUAACGCCCAGACUUCAGGCUUCUUCUCAGCCAAGCUCAGAGUGCGAGCCUGACUCACUCACUGCAUCUGGGUUGCAGGCUCCCUCCUUCUCAUUGCUUGAAUUAAGAGACGCUGUGAUAUUCCUGAUAGAACAAUGGCAGUGCCGUCCAACAAUACAGCACUGAAGUUGCUACUUUCAAAACUGCUGGAAGACUUUGUAGCUAAAACAAACCACCCCAUGCCUGCACCAGUCAAAGCAACCAGUGACCACUUGGAAGUUGUGUUCAUACUCUUGUUGUUUUGCUUCUUUGGCUUCUUCACAUUUGGAGUCAUGCUAAGCUAUAUCCGCUCCAAAAAGCUUGAACAUUCACAUGAUCCGUACAAUGUGUACAUUGCCACAGACAGUUGGGGCAAGAAAGAUAAAGCUAACUUGCAAGCCAAAGUGGUGGAAAACUAUAAGACGUGUUGUGUAUUGAAAAACCAGCACGCAGUGGAGCAACCAAUCAGUCACCUUCCAGAAGUAACAUCUUCACAGUAAAUUAAUUUUGCAGCCAUCAUGCUGGAUCUUCAGAACGUUCCAAAAGAGAGAGAGAGAGAAAAGAUCUUCGACUAUCGUUAUCAAAAGGAAAAUGACAGGACACUAGUAGUCAUUAUGUACUCCCUGAAUGCAUGAUCAUCCAUGUAGGUUGGAGAUGAUGAGAGUUAUAGUCCAAGACAUCUGGAGGGCACCAGCUGAAGAGGUGCCCUAGCUUAAUGAAGGAAAUGUACUUACCGGCAUAAUGAAGGUUUGCCUCCAAUGUAUUGUGAACAAUUGUUCUGUAACAUUACUACUAUUUCUAGCUAGAGUGUCAACUAGCAUCUACUGCCAUAGACAUCUGUAAGAUAAAUUCUGCCAUGGUUUCUUCCAAAGAAAUUGGGGGAAAAUAUAAACUGAACCUCACUUUGCAGACUUAUUCUUAAUAACAAUGAGAAAUCACAGUGAUAGCAGUCAAUUGCUCCAUUGAACUUAACAGACCAGAGGUGUUUGUUUUGAUCUCACAUAGUUUAGGUAUCUUAAUCUAACCAACUGUAAACAAGGAUAAAGGAAGACCAAGUCAGCUUAAUGCAAUGCUGGUCACAUAAUUUCCUUGUAUACAAGAAGUCAUCUAAGUUUGCUAGACUUUAACCACUUUAAAUUGAUGGUUUGGUUGAUAUUUUCUUUAUGAUUAGUAAGGAAGGAAUCAUGAAUGCCUAUGCAGCUUCAAAGCAGGUUUCAUGGAAUGCAAAAGUAGAAAACACAGGCAUAUCUCUAUAUAGUCAGUUAAUACUGUGAAGGGGCAUAAUAUUACUGUGAAGGAUCAUAAUAAAUACACUGUAGAACAAGUGAAAGCAUGUGUUA